UAUGAACAUCCCUAACAUUAAUCGUGUAGCUUGUGAGUUGACAAAAAAAUUUUUUAGUGGCAAAUUUUGCAAAUUAAGCAACCUACAACAAGCUGCACACAAUGAGCGAAGGAGCAGGCAAUUGGUGUCUCAUAGAAAGUGAUCCGGGUGUAUUUACGGAGCUGAUACGUGAAUUUGGAUGCGAUGGUGCUCAGGUGGAAGAAAUCUGGAGCCUGGACAGUGAAUCAUUCAAGGACCUGGAGCCAAUACAUGGUCUAAUAUUUUUGUUCAAGUGGGUGCAAGAGGACGAACCUGUUGGCAAGGUUGUGUUGGACCGCGAUCAUAUAUUCUUUGCCAAGCAAGUAAUUAACAAUGCCUGUGCGACACAAGCCAUACUUAGUUUGCUGCUGAACCUGAAUCAUGAGGACAUCAAGCUAGGAGAAACUUUAACUAACUUCAAAGAGUUCUGCCAGUGCUUCGAUCCCUACAACAAGGGCCUUACGCUGAGCAAUGCCUCGCAGAUACGCACCGUGCACAAUUCGUUUGCGCGACAAACGCUUUUUGAGCUGGAUAUGAAAAACCAGAACAAGGAUGAGGAUGUCUAUCAUUUUGUUGGCUAUAUGCCCAUUGCUGGUCGUCUGUAUGAGCUGGAUGGGCUGCGCGAGGGACCCAUCGAUCUGGGCGAGAUCAAGCCGGAGCAGAAUUGGAUCGACGUAGUCAGGCCGAUCAUUGAAAAGCGCAUGCAGCGAUACAGUGAUGGCGAAAUACAUUUUAAUUUAAUGGCCCUGAUCUCGGAUAGACAGCGCAUCUAUGAGCAGCAAAUUGACAAGCUGCUCAAUCCGGCUGCCAAUGCCAUGGACACGGCGGAGGAUCGUCAGACUGAAAUAAAUAGCCUGCGCUCAUACAUACAGUAUGAAAUCGAGAAGAAGAAACGAUAUAAGGUGGAAAACGUGCGACGCAAACACAAUUAUUUGCCUUUUAUUGUGGAGCUACUCAAAAUGCUGGGCGAGACUGGACAAUUGCUGCCCAUCUAUGAGAAGGCCAAGCAGCGGGCGCUAGAACGCGAGCAAAAGAUGAGCAAAAAAGAUUCCAACUAGAUUCACGUUUACCAACACCUUUCGAUAACGGCAAUUCAAAAUUGCGCGCCAGUUGGAAUAUAGAAAACAUAUUCUUAUUGCUACGUUUAAGUAAAACAAAUCUUUUGGCAAGGAGUCGCGUGUGUGUUAGUUAAGUCGCCCAUAUAAACUGCCUUGUAUUGUAUUUUACUUCUUUUGUACCCCCCCAAAUGCCUCCAAAUUGCUGCAAGUUAAUAUUCGGGAGAAAGAACUCAAUUUUGAAUCGAUAAUAAAAAGUUUCCGUACAGUUAAAAAAAGAACAA